AUGCAUUUGAUUCAUUUGUUAUUUUCAACAUGUUUAUCUGCGGUUGCUUUUUCGCAAGUGGUCCUUAGUAACGAAUCGCACACAUUGCCAAAAUUUAAGUCAUCCUCCAAAUACUUUGAUCAAAGUGAUACAAAUGUACCAAUAUCAAAGGUCAACUACACCCAUAACUUUGGUUUGAAGAGUCAAUAUUCGUGGAACGAUGUGUUAGCACAUCUUGAUGAACACAGCAAAUUGUUUUUUAUAAUAAGACAUGCUGCUGGUGUUCAUCAAUGCAACACCCCUUCCACUGAUUGGACUUGCUAUUGGCAAACCAUCGACGGCUAUGCCGGCCAGGUCUGGGCUGAUGCAUUGUUGACUCCAGAAGGAGUUGAACAAUGCAGUGAUCUCUCGCAACAAAUUAAUGAAACCGAAGAAUUCCCCUACCCAGAUCAUUACUAUUCCAGUCCAUUGAGAAGAACCUUACAAACAUACGAGUAUGUCUGGAGAAAUUUAGUGAAGGACGCUCCGACAAUCAAAGAGUUUGCCAGAGAGACCUAUGGUAUCCAAACUGAGAGCAAGCGUCACUCUAAGUCCUACAUUAAAGAAAAUUGGGAUUAUGUCAAUUUUGAAGAUGAAUUUACAGAAGAAGAUGAAUUAUGGUCAAACACCACUCGUGAAACCAGCCAACAUCGCAAAUACAGGGCCGCUGCUGUGUUGAGCGAUAUCUUCGAAGCCAGUAAAGAUGACAAGGUUGUGAGCCUUGUUUCUCAUUCCGGAUUGAUUGGCUCGAUUUUGGACGUUGUUGGACACCGUAAUUAUCCUGUUGAUAACGCCAAAUUAAUUCCGGUAUUGAUCCAGAAAAAGAAACACAAGACCAAAACCUACAAGUUGGAUGACCCAGACAAAACUUUUGAAGAUAUCUGUCCCGAUAAACCAUCUCAAAUUACACAAGGUCCUGAAUUGACCUGUAGUGCUGCGCCAUUUGAUGAAAAGGCUUAA